AUGACCUAUUUAUUCGUAGCAAAUAGACUUAGAAACAGUAACUUGUUCAGUGUAUUUACUCCUGAGAUAAAGCAAAGAAAUUACUAUAAAGAAACACAUUCAUAUCGAUUAAAACGGAAACGUGCAGGGUCGGGAGGGCAAAAUAGGGUCGUGCGGAUAAGAGGAAACAACUCGGGUCAAAAGGAGGUGCGGUCCGUAUCCAGCCAGACGGAAGGGACAGUGACCAUUAUCACUGUUGGCAACCCAGCCUACCCCAGUAAUGUCGUCGGUGUGAGACAGCAACAACAGCAGCAGCAGCAACAACAACAAGUCCCACACAGCAACAGAUCCAGUCAGCUUAGUCUCACACCAUCAUCAAGAACGAGUAUCGCCAACUCGAGAUCACUGAGUGACAGACCAGUCAGCCCGACAUCAACCCUGGAUAGAGCAUCUCUAAACAGCGCACUCACACUGAACAGCAGCUCAGUACUUCCGCCUGAGCCACUUCGAGAUGGUGUUCAGCACUUCUGCGAGAAACACAUGGACACAAUCAGGAAGUUUAUCAGCAGUCUUUCCGCUAGGAUUCCCCUACCAGCCAAAUGCAGCAUUGUGGACGGCAGACAUAAGCGCUAUGUUCGUCUCAAUUUCCAGUGUGGAAUAAAGGGGACAAAUUGUUUAUAUGGGAAGCAGUUUUUCAUCCUAAACACCAAGCUUCCAAAGACCUGGAUCCAUCUCAUGUUCCUGGCUGUCCAGGCCCAGUCAGCCUCGGCGUUAAGCCAGCAGGAUUUAAGUGUGAGCAGCCUUAAACAUUGCUGGGAUGCGCUCUACCCGGAGAAAGGAAACAGUGGCUAUAUCACACUUGUCACCUCAUCCUUCCCAUCAGCAAAGGACCAGGAUGCCUUGCUUCAGGAGCUCCAUGGUGACCGAUACUUUGAUGUGUUCGAGUUUAACGCCCCUCGCAAGUACUGGGCCUGCUUCAUGUGUAACCACCCGAAGAAAAUGUCUGAGCUGAUGCCUGAUGGAAGUCCAGUCAUUGCUGGUCAGUUGAAUGAGAAGAAAGGGCGCUGGAAGUUUCUGAAGCGGUGGAAGACCCGAUACUUUACUCUCUCCGGCAGCCAGAUAACUUACAGCAAAAAGAAAAGAAACGUUACCAGUGCGAGAAAUACAGAGUGUGAAAGCUGUUCGCAAAGGCAUUCGUGAUAUUCCUAAGGCGUUUGAAAUCUUCACAACAGACCAGAACUAUGUGUUUAAGGCAAAAGGCCAACAAAACAUUGAGCCCUGGGUACAGUGCAUCCAUCUAGCUGUGCCCAAGGCUCAGAAUGAUGGAGAGUGUACUGUUGUGGAAAACGUCACCAUAACCAUUCCAACCAGACCUCGAUCUGCUGUACGCGAUACAAAGUUAUAGCAUUUGUAACACAGUGCACACGCUGUGAUAGACAGUGAUAUUAAGAUCUUCAGAACUUUAGAUGUAGAAUUGCUGUAAUUAUAACAAAGUGUACAUAUCUGAAUGAAUAAAAAUGUUAGCAUUUUGACAAAGUGCAUAUACUGUGAUACAAAAAUUUGUAGUUUGUAACCAAGUACAAACAUUAUUGAUGAAAGAUGGUGGACCAUUUGUGUCCACUUUCCAUUUUUUGGUGUCUUAACUGCUGGUGUAUUGUUUUGAAAGUGAAUUUUAUAAUGGUGAUAUGGCCAUGCAUUUAUUAAUGUUAAUAGGUAAGUCAGUAUUGUAUAUGUCCACAUUAAUGAACUGAUAAUUGCAUCUGAAAAAAAAAACCAUACAUGUAAAAAACCUUUUUUUCCAAAAAAUGGUAAUUACUUCAAAGCUGUAUUUUCUUAUUUCAACAAAACGUGGCGCUUAUGACGCAAAUGGAUUAUCAUAGUAAAAACCCAUUGUAAGUUAUUUUUAUGAAGACAAUUUAAAAUUAGUAUUAAUUGAUCAUGGUAGAAUGGAAACAUUGUUACACAUUUAUCAGAAAAGUGGUGUUUACAUGUAUAUAUGUGUUUUGUUAAAGUAUACAUUAUUUGUUUUAUUCCUAUUCGUUUAUAUACACAAUUAUCAAAUGUGUAAAUAAAAGCAUACAUUGAGGCAGUAAUAACAAUAUUGAUGCAAGUUUCAGUUUUGUUUAAUUUAUAAUAUUAAACAAAAGGCAAAUGUUAUCACCAGAAAACCACAAUAUGUUGACAUUCAUGUCAUGUUAAGAAAUGAAAAUAUUGAAUAUCCAAGUGCAUAAUGUUACAAUAAAAUCAUCUCCAGCAUUGUAUUACACCUACUUUCAUGAAACAUCAUUGAAAUGUUGGUUAGCAUGGGAAAUUAUGCAUCUGUUAUUUUUAUGAAUUUUCACUUCGUUUAAUAGGAGUUAGUGCCCUUUAAUUAGUAAAACAGUGUAUGAAGUACAUAUCUUGUGGAGAAUUAAGCUUCAACAGUAUUGUACCUUCACUCAUAAGACUUCAUAGGAAUGUUGGUCAUCACUUUUCGCUCUGUCUAACAAAAGUUAGUUCCCUUUAAUUAGUAAAACAGUGUAUGAAGUACAUAUCUUGUGUAGAAUCAGGCUCCAACAGUAUUGUAUCUACACUGAUAAGACUUCUUAGGAUUUUUGUCAUCACAGGCUGUUGCCUCCUCUGUCGCAUUUCGCUCUGUCUAACAAGAGUUGUGGCCAAUGUCUUUGUUAAGAAUUACACAUAUUGUUAUUGCUCUCAUCGGAUUGUUAUUGAACAUUGAAGAUGGUACACCUGUCAUUAUUUUCAAAUU